AUGUAUCUUUUUCUCCAAUAUUUUUUCAAAGAACAACGACUUCGAUUCCAAGAUUUUUUGCGAUACCAGUAUCAAGAGAAAUAUGCGAAUAUUACUGCAAGAGUUUCAAUUCCGCAAAGCCGCAAAAGAAUCAUCGACAUUCUUUUGUCUUUACUGUAUUUUACGAUCCCAAAAGGGUCUUUGAGCAAGUCGUCAUCAGAAAAAGAGCUCUUGCUGCCCAAAUGA